AUGGCGUACAUGGCUUCUUUUUGUGCGUAUUCCCCCACGGAAGCUUCCUCGAGCUCCACCUGUAUGCCAAAAUCUCCAUUGAAUUCUUCAACACCAAUUCGUUCUAUGAAAACAGGGAAUAAGCAUCGUGGAUCUGUACGAAUUGGUAUGGUUUUACAGAAAAAGAUGUCUUUAGUUAUUGCAUCUCGAGUUCUGGCGCAUGCGCGUGAAAUAUCGGACGAGGGCGGUGAAGAAGAAUGUAUAUUGAAUAAUUGUAAUGGUGGAUUUAGUUUAGUUUCUGAAGAUUCUGUAUUUUCAUCUCAGGGUAAUACACAUUCCAAACAAAGUGUCGAAAAGAAAAUAGAAAGCACGUCAAAUAUGAAGACACCGACUCUCAUGCCCUCACAUGGAAGCCUGACAGGGGGAGGCACAAGGGCUGGUCUUUUCAGGACACCAAUAUCUGGGGGAGUGCAAAAUGCAACAUCUGCUCAUGGCUUGCCCAGGCCAGCCUUAGCGGUCCGAAAUUUAAUGGAGCAGGCUAGGUUUGCUCACUUGUGUACCAUGAUGUCACAAAUGCACCACCGGAGGAAUGGUUAUCCAUUUGGUUCACUUGUAGAUUUUGUUCCAGAUCUGAUGGGACAUCCAAUAUUUUCAUUAUCACCACUGGCCAUACACACCCGAAAUUUGUUAGCCGAUCCAAGGUGCACUUUAGUAGUACAGAUUCCGGGAUGGAAUAGCUUAUCAAAUGCAAGGGUAACAAUAUUUGGCGAUGUCCACCCCCUUCCAGAUGAUCAGCAGGAAUGGGCUCAUAAACAGCACAUAGCAAAGCAUCAACAAGGGCCUUCUCAACAGUGGGGGAACUUCUACUACUUCAGGAUGCAGAAUAUAAGCGAUAUAUAUUUCAUUGGAGGCUUUGGAACUGUUGCUUGGGUUGAUGUUAAAGAAUUCGAAGAAAUUCAACCUGAUAAGAUUGCAGUCAAUGGGGGUGAACAAAAUCUCAAGGAACUUAAUGCAAUCUUUUCGAAGCCCUUGAAAGAGCUUUUGGCCAAGGAAGCUGAUGUAGAUGAUGCUGCCCUUAUAUCGAUAGACAGCAAAGGAACUGAUAUUCGUGUCCGUCAAGGUGCACAGUAUAACGUACAGAGGAUUUCAUUCGAAGUUGGUAGUUCUGUUGAAACACUUGAAGAAGCUAAGAAAGCACUUUCAACUCUAAUAGAUCAAGGCCAGCUUUCUCAGACAACCCGUAAUCGUUCUUUAAGAAAGCGUAUAGGAGCAACAGCAGAGCUCGAGAUACAUCAAAAGAAAAUCCUCCAAAACUCUCGAAGGCUACACAACCCGUGUGCAUGCACACAGAUGCAUGAUGUGCAAAAUGGACACAAAUCUCAACCAUCUUCGCCCCCAACACCAUCGUCACAUUUGGCCGUUAGUGUAGGACCAGGUUGUCACAAGUACUCCUUCUCGUCAUCCCCUUCCCCACCCUUUUCACGGCCUCCUUUGAGUAAGAAGUUAUUUAGUCCAGCAGCAGGACCCUCAACCUUCUCAUUGGAUCAAAGAGACAUCGAUGAACAGGAUUCCAAAAGCUGCUGUCUUAGAGACCUGUAA